AGCUGUUUUGCCUGCUACUAUGGCCAUGGCAUCACGAAGGGCUGUGUUGUCGAGGACUGCAUGGGCGCGUUUGGCCGCUUUCACCAAGCAAGUUCUGUCUCCUAAUGCAUCUGUAUUUUGCGCUUGUCCCAAAUCUACAUAUUCAGCUCUUCCCGAUGACUAUAACUGCAAAGUGGAACUUGCCGUGACAUCGGAUGGAAAAACUAUUGUUUGCUAUCACCCUUCAGUGGACAUUCCAUAUGAGCACACAAGACCCAUUCCACAACUAGAUCCACUGGAUUAUACAGAAGAAACACAUGAUCAAAUCCUGAAAUCUAGAUUGGAUGGAAAGGACUUCAAGAACCAGCAAGGUCCUAUGAUUGAGGAACUUAGUAAAAUGUUUUACACAACAAAGCACCGCUGGUACCCUGUGGGACAGUACCACACUAGACGCAAGAAAACCAAUACCCCUAAAGACAGAUGAACACCAUGUUUGUCACCUUGUUGUUGCUGUCGGGGCAAGUGACUACUUAAGUGGAUGAGAUUGCUUUGAACGUGUAUAUAUAUGUUAGGUUGUCAUUAAAGUACUUUUCUAACUCAAA